AUGUCCGAGCAGAGUAAGGUUUUAAAUACACCUGGCGCACAGAAACAGACCAAGAGGGAACUAUUCGAUGCACUUCGACAAGAACUUGAAACUCCUGUGCUCGAGAAGGCUUCGAAAUCAGUGUGGGAACUGAUUCUGGACAACAAUGGAUUGGGGAAAGAAAUAAGUGAAACGGUUGAAAGAGUGUUCUGCAAAUUAAGCGGCCAAGAGCCUCCGUUGUUUCCACCUCCGAGUAAUCAUGAACCAAAAGUUUCUAGGGACAAAGAGAACAAGGAAGAGACAGAGAAAGAAGAGGAGUUAACGAUAGCAAGUAUGAAGGAGAAAUCUUUGUUGAAACAUUCGAAGAAAAGGCGGCACAGCGACAUGAAUAUGGAGAAAGGUGGCGCUGCUAAUGAAGUUGCAAGAAAAUCAGCUGAUGAUCGAUCGAGUAAAUCUCCCCAUUCAAAGACUUUGAACCUUGCUUAG